ACCGUCGCCUAGCAACGAAAUGUCAACUUCAGUUUCCAAACAAACAUUGAUGACGGUAGUUAGCUAACAAGCUAGCUGAAAACCUGUAGGUUAGCUAGGUACUGACCGUCCGCAGACUUCAACAACAGGAUGGGGAAGAAAGUGAAGAAAGAGAGUGAGCCUCCUUCUAAGGAUGUGUUUGACCCCCUGCCGAUUGAGAGUAAGAAAGCAGCCACUGUGGUCCUCAUGCUCAAUUCCCCCGAAGAGGAGGUUUUGGUUAAAGCUUGCGAAGCCAUCCACAAAUUUGCAGAGAAAGGUGAUGAGAACAGGAGUUCUCUGCUGGGGCUGGGGGCGGUGGAGCCUCUGUCUCACCUCAUCUCCCACGAAGACAAGCUAGUCCGCCGCAACGCUUUCAUGGCCCUGGGGGUCAUGGCUGCCAACAGCGAUGUAAAAAGACUUCUGAAGAAACUGGAUGCCAUUCCUUCUAUCAUCGGAAAGCUGUCACCUGAAGAGGAUGUUGUGGUCCAUGAGUUUGCCACACUGUGUCUGGCCUCCCUGUCGGUGGACUUCAGCUGUAAGGUCCAGAUCUCAGACCAGGAGGGACUAGAGCCGCUUAUACAGCUUCUGUCCAGCCCUGACCCUGAUGUCAAGAAGAACUCUGUGGAGACUAUCUGCAACCUGGUGCAGGACCUCCCCAGCCGUGUGGCAGUGCGUGAGCUAAAUGGCGUCCCCCCGCUCCUGGAGCUGUUGAGAUCUGAGUUCCCGGUCAUCCAGCAGUUAUCCCUGAGGACGCUGGUUAUCGUAACCACAGAUACCGACACACGAGCCACCUUCAGGGAGGAGCAGGGCUUUGACAGGCUGCUGGAGUUCCUCUGCAACAAGGAGUUCAGUGAUCUGCAUGUAGAAGCCCUCCAGGUGUUGUCUAACUGUCUGGAGGACAGAGACAGUCUCCAGCUGAUCCAUGAGACUGGAGGUCUCCAGAGGUUACUGCAGUUCAUCACCACUCCCACCCUGCUGGACAUACAGACAAACGCUGUCAAGGCCAUCUACAGGGUGGCUCAGAGCUCAGAGAAUCGUAAGCUGCUCCAUGAGCAGGACAUCGAGCGCUCUCUGGUGGAGCUGCUGUCUGUAGAGGGUGAUAGUUUGAGGACUGCUACCUGUCAGGCUGUCGCUGCCAUGAGUCUACACCUGGCCAGCAAAGACGCUUUCAGAGACCUGGACGGUAUCCGUGCGGUGGUGCAGCUGCUGGGUAGUGAGGGGGGCGAGGUGAGAGAGGCAGCAGCCCAGGCCCUGUCUAGCCUUACAAGCAGCAACCAGCUCAACGCAUAUGCUGUCUAUGAGGCUGAGGGAGAUGAGGGCUUGGUUCAGCAGCUCCAUGACGUUAUUCCCGGUGCGGUGGCUCACGCUGCGGCCGUCCUCACCAAUAUGGCUGAACAGGAAGUCCUCCGCUGCAGCAUCCUGUCCCACGGGGCCAUGGCUGCCCUCCUGGAGCCACUGCAGUCUGCGGACACACACACCCUGGUCCGAGCCACCCAGGCCCUCGCCGCUCUCGCCUGCGAUGCUGAGGGACGGGCAGACCUGAGGAAUGCGGGAGGCCUAGUUCCAUUGGUCCAACUGCUACAGUCCAAUCACAAGGAGGUACGCCGCAAUGCAUGCUGGGCCAUCAGCGUGUGCGCCAACGAUGAACCCACUGCCGUGGAGAUGUGCAAGCUGGGGGCCCUGGACUUGUUGCAGGAGAUCAACAGCUCAGCUAACCGUAGGAAUAAGUUCAGUGAGAUUGCUCUACAGAGACUGCUGGACUCCAACCUGUCUCUCAAAUACAGCCUGACCAACACACUGGCCCCCACAGACAUCACUAUGGACGGCUUCUACGACCCCGGAAAGGCUCGUUCUGGCCAGAGGGUGUUAACUCUAGAGGAUCUGUCUAAACAGCCUGUUAACCAGCGACGGCCUGUCAUUGCUAUUAACGCCAAACCCCUCGACACGGUGUCAGUCGAUCAGUCAGAGGAGAGACAACAGGACAGCCCCACCGAGACUCGCACUGCAUCUGUACUCAGCAGCAAGGGCACCACCAGGACCCCCAGUAAAGGGAAGAGUAAGGGGCGGAAGGAGGACGAGAAACUGAGAGAUGAGGAUGAGAGUAAGCCCCAGCAGGAGGUAGCCACGGUAACAGAGAAGCCGUGGAUGCUUCCGUAUGAUGCUGCGUUCCACGCCCUGGUUACCGAGGCGACCAAGACCAUCCUCCCGCUGCACGCGGAGAGUGAGCAGUACAGCGCCUUAGCCAGGCUGGUGAGUGAGGUGAUGGGCGGGGCGGUGGAGGUGGACAGACAGCAUGACUUCCUGUGGGAGCUCCACCUCAGUGAGCUGCGCUACGAACUACAGUCCAACAUCAUCCCCAUCGGACAGAUACGCAAGGGAACCUACUACCACAGGGCUCUGCUUUAUAAGGUGUUGGCUGACCGUAUAGGUGUGAGUUGUAGCCUGGUGAGGGGAGAGUAUAACCGGGUGUGGAAUGAGGUCCUCCUCUCAGCUGGGACGCCCCACUACCCAGGGUGCCGGCCCCAGCCCAGAGCUCACCUGGUGGACCUCAUACACCAGCCUGGCAGGCUGCUGAGAGCCAAUACACCCCAGGCUAUACAAUACCAAACUAUAUAACCACACGUUAAAAUACACUUUAUAACUACACAAUACCAGACUAUAUAACCACACGUUAAAAUACACUUUAUAACUACACAAUACCAGACUAUAUAACCACACGUUAAAAUACACUUUAUAACUACACAAUACCAGACUAUAUAACCACACGUUAAAAUACACUUUAUAACUACACAAUACCAGACUAUAUAACCACAUGUUAAAAUACACUUUAUAACUACACAAUACCAGACUAUAUAACCACAUGUUAAAAUACACUUUAUAACUACACAAUACCAGACUAUAUAACUACACGUUAAAAUACACUUUAUACCUACACCAUACCAUACCCUGGGAGGCUGCUAAGGUCCACCACACAACCCCAAGUUAUACAAUGCCAGACUGUACUGUACUUUAUAAACAACACCAGACCUUAUAAACUGUCUGAACUAGA